AUGCAGGGUUACUUUCAUAAUAGCCUUUGUACUAUUGCUAUCAUCGAGUCUGGAGUAUUUUCAGGAGGCGCGGUGUUAUCUCUUGCAAGUGUUGCCUUUGGCAUUGUAUAUUAUGUUUCAUCGUAUUCAGCAAAGAACACCGAGUCCUGGAAUGCACAACAAAAUCAAGGCAUCGCAUUGGGCCAUCCUCAUACACCACCCCAGACUCAACCCACUCCAGUAUUUGUGCAUGAGGAUACCUAUAACAGGCAGCAAUUUCCCUAAAGAUGGCACUUGCUACUAUUUUCUGGGUCAUUCUUUUCUCUCAUUCUUCCUUGGUAUGUGGAGAUAGAUAUGCAUCCUACAUGACCUGAAACCAGCUGCCUGCUUCGGCGGCUCUGUCUUGGUACCACAGAGUGUAGUCGACUAUUAGCUAUAAUGUAUUGUUCUUUAUCUUCUUAGUGAUGGAUCAUGCAUUUGGCAGCAUUCAACUGCAAUAUUCAGGACAAUCUGGAGGGGUUAUCCAUUGAAAGAUCAUUCAAUUGUAAUCUGUGCCACAGCACGAACAUCAUGUAUUGUUGUAUGAUCAACAUCAAUGUAAUUAAU